AUCAUGUUGUAUUUCCUUGUGAUGAAUUUGACAUUAAUUUAUUUUCCUAACACUUGUUUUAUAAGUUCAGACGUGAACGACCGACCACUUGAGAGCCAGUGAAGGAAGAUGAAUUGUUCAAGUAUCAUUGUGAUAGCUUCAAUAUCUAUUGUGUUUUACCUCAACUAUGUUACUGCCCAAGUAAAUGUCAACAUUGAUGGUGGCGGUGGUGGUGGCGGAGGUGGUGAUCAAGCUCCAGGUGGAAGAGGUGGCGAUAUUAAUACUAAGAUUAUCAUAAAAGGAGGUGGAAGAGGAGGUAGACGAGGGGGUAGAAGAGGAGGUGGAAGAGGCGUUCAAGGCAGAUUAAAUAAUCAAGGUCGAAGACGAGGAGUACAAAACAUCGGGGGUAGAGGGAGAGGACAAGUUGGAGGGAGAGGAAAAGUUGGAGGAAAAAGACAAGUUGGAGGAAAAAGACAAGUUGGAGGAAGAAGACAAGUUAGAGGACAAGGACUAGGCGGGCUUCUAAUAAGAGGUCUAAGAAGACAAGUUAGGAGAUUACUUGGAAAUCCUGUUGGGCCCAGGGUUAGACGAUUUUAAUUAUUUAAAUAUCCAAAGACAAUAAAUCUACAAAUAUCG